AUGCAUCUCCGGUCCGGACUCCUCACAUUCAUUCAAUCGCUGUAUUCCGGUGCCGCGGCCGGGGCACACGCCAUUCGUUCAGGAACAUGGAGUCAAUACCAGUACCAGCUCCUGGGAACACAACCCCAAAAGACCAAACGAACCUUCACAGUAACAGGCCUGGUGGCAGGAGCCAUUUUGACCUUGUGGUUCCUCGCCUCCUACAACAGCCAAGGUUCGCUGGGCAGGUACUCCUGCGAGCACCCUGUGGUGCGCCUGGUUUACGAUGCGACGAAGACGUUUAACGAGACAUUGCAACGCCAAUCCACUACAUUGGAGGAGGCCGUGGCGGAGUAUCACCGACGUCAUAAAAUGCCACCACCUCCGCACUUUGAUGAAUGGUACACCUUUGCGACAGCUCGGAACACGGUGCUGAUUGACGAAUUCGAUACGAUCUAUCAUACCCUCCAGCCCUUCUGGGGACUCCAACCCAGCACAAUUCGUUCGCGCGUGAGGGAGGAUCUGGGAUACAACAAUUUCGUGAUGGGCGCCGCGGUUCGGGACGGCAGGGUCAUGCACUUGGGCAAUACUGGCCAGCAGGAGUUCCAAAAAGACGCAACGAUCAAGAUUCUAGAAAAGUUCUCUCAGUGGCUGCCGGACAUGUUGCUGGAAUUCAACGUGCACGACGAGCCUCGCGUGGCGGUCCCACACGAGGAGCUGCAUAGGCUGAUCACCAAAGGCUACGAAACUCAAGCUCGAUUGGAUCACACCCGCGAACUACUGAAUACAUUCUCCAAGGGUGAUGCACAUGAUCCUCUCCCGCCAGCGGAAAUCUACACCACCCGAUUCAAUGACAUUCAGCGCCAGGAAACUUGGCUUUUCUCCCGGCUUUCGUGCCCUCCCGACACGCCUGCCAGGUCCCUUGACGGCAAUGCCCCGGACAACUCGAGUGCUUUUGCGAUCGAACCGCUGGGGUUCAUCUUCAAUCAGACUGCUGCUAGUGACAUGUGUAACAGCCCCUCUCUGCGGCAUCGCCUGGGGGUGUUUGACCGCCCGAAUUCUUUCAAAGUGACGAACGAGCUCACGCCGGUAUUCUCCAUGUCUCAUCCGUCAUCCUUCCAGGACAUCGCAUAUCCUUCUCCUUUCUACUACGAAGGUGUAUCAAAUUACGAUGAAAAGACCGCAGUCGACUGGGAGAACAAAAAGCCGCAACUUUACUGGCGCGGCGGAACUACUGGCGGACACAGUAUAGGGGGAGCUUGGCAAAACUUCCAGCGUCAGCGCAUCAUAGGGAAUCUCACCCAUCCGCAAUCGCCACAGUAUCUCUUACAUCAGAAGAGCGUGUGCAGGCCAGGUCGUACUGAAGGCUGGGAGGUCCAGCAGGCAAACCGGACUGACAUCGAGGGUUAUUUCAACACCCACUUCGUCGAGAUCAAGGACUGUGACGACGACUGUCCCGCGGAGGAACAGUUUUUCGACGAUAUUCGCGAACCAGACCCUCGUGAAGAAGCUUGGAAGUAUCGAUAUCUGCUAGACAUGGAUGGUCAUGCUUACAGUGGACGGUUCUAUGCGUUCAUGCGCAGCAAGAGUGUCCCAUUCAAGUUGACUUUCUUCCGUGAAUGGCAUGAGGAUAUCUUGUUCCCCUGGGUCCAUUAUGUUCCCAUUAACAAGGAUGGAACUGAGAUUCCUGAAUUGAUCCGGUUUUUCGAGCAGGAUCCUGCAGGCCAGCAGAUUGCUCGUUCCAUUGGACAAGGAGGGCAGGAUUGGGCUGCGAAGACCAUCAGGAAUGAUGAUAUUGACGUUUACAUGUUCCGGCUUUACCUGGAGUAUGCUCGAGUGAUUGAUGAUCAGAGAGAAAGUCUUGGUUUUUCUUUAAAAGCACAGGCAUGA